AUGGAUGAAACUGCUAUAUCUUUUAAUAUGACAAAUACUACCACAAUUGAAGAAAAAGGAACCAAAACUAUAUCAAUCGCAUCAACUGGGCAUGAAUGUUCAAUGUUUACUGUCAUUUUAUCUUGCUUAGCUAAUGCUGAAGCAAAUAUUAAUAAUGAAGAAGGAGAUGGUGAAAACGGUAAAGACAGCGAAGAAAGAAAUGGUAAAGACAAUAAGAAAGACAGUGAAAAUAAUGAAACAGCCAAUUAUGACAAUGAAAAUAAUAAUACAAAUGAAGAUCUUUUCGUGUAUAUUGAUUAUUAUGGAGAAAAUGAGGAUGCUAAU